AAGGAAAGUUUGACCAUAGCACUCAUGAGUCAUGACAUUUUAACAUUUUGAAAAGUCAAGCCUAGGUUGGUUCCAUCCAGCCUCCAGGAUCAAGAUAAAGUUAUCCAAGGAACUUGCAGAGAAAUUUGAACACCAAGAAUUUUGUUUCUCCAUAACUCUAGUCAUCUCAUCUCUUAACCACCCUUCUUUAAUUUUGUAUUAUUAUCUUCAUCCCAAUUACUUGUAUUCAUUUUUCAUAUUUUCUCCUGCAAAUCACCUUGUCUGCCCUUAAAAUCCCAUGUUUUUUAGUCAAAUUCAAGGGCAAUUAAUAUGUCUUGACAAAUUCUUACCCUAAUUCUUUAGAUUUUUUUUAAUAUCUUAUUCUUCAAUCCAAACAGUAAAGCUAUCUGUCCACCUAUUUUUUAUUAUUUGUUUAUAAACCCACUUGACUUUACUACUUUUGUCAGCUUCUGGGUUUGAUUGUUCAACUUCAAGCAAAUUUUCUUGAGUCCUAGUUGUUCUGCUCAUAAUUUUUCUAUCUGGGUUUUUAAUAAUUUGUUGUCGAUAGGUAUUAAAUUUGUUUUUUAAUAUUAAGAUCUCAACUUCGGUAGUGGACUAUUUGCUAUUCUUGAUUCUUGUUCAUAUACUAUUUUUCUACCUUCUUUCUUUCCCUAGUUUUGAUUCUUACCUUAUCUGUUUGUUUACUAAUCAUCAAAAAAUUUUGUUCUUGAUAGUAUUGGAUGAUCAGAUUAAUACCCACAAUCCAAUUUCCAGUAAGCAGAUUCAAAGGUACUUUACAAGUCUUCGAUUGAUUCUUGUAAUUUUUUUGAUUAAAAUGUCUUCCUAUUGACCUUUAUCUGUUACAAAACUAUUGGGUAUUGUUUGAUUCUCAUUUUUUUUUCUAAUACCCAUAAGUUUAUUUUCAAGAAUCAAAAGUCAAAUUCCUUUUUCCCCACUUUUUCCCUGAAAAGUUAAACUUUAGGGUUCCUUUUUUCAUAAUAAUAUGAUAGGUAUGGAGGAUACAAAUGUUGGUAUGAUUUCUUCAAAUCAUCUUAGACAAAAAAGCUUGAUAGCAGCCCAUAAUCUUUUGAGGGAAUUGGAGGCUAAUGAUAGUUUACCUGAUGAUAUGAGGAGGAUUUUAGCAGAUCUUGACUCAAAAUUGUCUGAAUUAACCCUAGAGAGCAAUACUAGUGAAUCUGUUCAAAUCUUGAGAGAUAGACAAUUGAGUGAUGCAAAAGAGAAGCUGAAAUCUGCCCAUAAGAAGAUCAUGGGUUGGGAAUCGAAAACUGAUACUAUUUGGGAAUCUGGCCCGGAAGUGGCUUGGGAGUACAUUGAAUCUGUCAAGGAAAUUGUGUGUUUGUUGGGAUUAUUUAGAAGUUUGUGUGUAGAGGAAGAUGUUACUGAUGUCACUGCCCAAGCCGAGGAUAUCCUGCAAGUCGCUAUGGCGCGAUUAGAGGAGGAAUUGGCACAUAUUCUUGCACAUAGAAGGCAAGCCUGUGUUUCGAGUGAGGUUGAGGAUGAUGGGGUAGAUGGGGCUGUUUCGUCUUCACAAGGCGAUACUAUUUUGGAUUUGAUUGACCCAGAAUCGAUCCCAUUUCUGAAGUCGAUCAGAAAAGUUAUGUUCGAUGGAAAGUAUGAUCAGGAGUUUUGUGAGAUGUAUGUAAAGACUCAAAAGGAUGCAUUGGAAGAGUGCUUGAUUGGGCUUGGAAUGGAGACGGUUAGCAUCGACGAGUUGAUCAAGAUGCCGUGGGAGAUUAUGGCUUCCAAGAUCAAGAUUUGGACCCAAGUUCUAAGAACUACUGUCCAAGUCUACUUUUCGGCUGAGAAACAGCUUUGCGAUGAGAUUUUCGGGGAAUCUGAGCCUCAUGCAUCACUGUGCUUGAUCAACAUUACCAAGUCUUCUGUGACUUGUCUCUUUAACUUCGGCCAUGCUAUUGCUCUUGGGCCCCACACACCCGAGAAGCUCUUUUAUCUUCUCGAUAUGUACGAGGUUUUAGCAGAAGUUAAGGAGAAAAUCAGUUCCCUAUUCGCGGUAGAGGGAGGCUCAUUCGUGAUGAACGAGUUUAAAGAGGUCAUGGAAAGACUAGGCGAGUCUGCUCGAGUGACAUUUUUAGGAUUUGGGAAUGUGAUUCUGUCCGAUCCUUCAACUGAUCCUUUCCCGGGUGGAGGCGUGCAUCCGCUCUCUAGCUAUGUCAUGAAUUACAUCACGGUCUACUUACCCGACUACUGCAAAACUCUCAACACUCUCCUACAGGGAAAGGAGAACACGAGCUCAGACCCGGUCUUACCCGAGAAAAGUUUGUUAGCCAUUCAUCUUCGGUCGAUUGCAGCCCAAUUGAAGUCGAACCUCGAGAAGAAGUCUCAGUUGUACAAGGAUGCAGCCUUGCAGCAUGUAUUUCUCAUGAACAAUGCACAUUACAUCCAGCAAAAAGUGAUAGGUUCCGAGCUGCAGAAGAUAUUCGGGGAUGAAUGGAUCAGAACACAGAUAGUGAACUAUCAACAGCACGCUACGAGCUACGUUAGGAGUACUUGGAGCAAUGUCGUGGCGUCCCUUAGGGAUGACGGAAUACCACCAGGAUCGGGUUCAGGGGUUAAGGUGAUCCUCAAAGAAAAGAUUCGGGUUUUCAGUGUUGCGUUUGAGGAGGUGUAUAGGAGCCAAACCGGGUGGUUUAUACGAGACGAACAGCUCAAGGAAGAGUUACGGAUUUCGAUCUCUCAAAAGGUGAUUUUGGCCUAUCAGAGUUUCAUAGGAAGAUAUAGCAAGUACGACAUUGAGAAGUAUGUCAAGUAUGAUUCCGAUGACUUGGAAAAUCUACUUCGAGAUUUCUUCGAAGGAUCUCAGAAAUCGUUGAAUUACCGCAGAAGAUGAAUUCAGUGAAAACGAAUGAAAUUCAAUGGAGUUGUAGACAUCGUUUUUUGUUUUGUUAAUUUGGUUGUAGAUUCGCUCGGUUUCGUUGCAUUAAUGUGUGAGAUGAUUGCUAUUGUAUGUCCUCUGAUCAUGUAUUGGCACAUAACAUAGUGCUAUUUGUAAUUUUUGAUGCAUAGAUGUUGAAUGGAAAGCUGCAUUCUGUCA